AUGGCAGAAUUAUCACUUGACCAGAACAUGAAACGCUUCCACCACCUGGAAUUCUAUUGUGGCGAUGCCACCAACACAUCGCGUCGUUUUUCUUGGGGUUUGGGCCUGUCGCAAGUGGCGAAAUCCGAUAACUCCACAGGCAAUCCUCUCUACGCGUCCUACGUCCUGCAGUCCCAAGAGCUCGUUUUCGUCUUCACUGCACCUUACGCCAGCACUCCUCCUUCCUCCUCCGUGGCUGCCGCACUGUCCCAACCCAGUCACCGCAUUGCCGAGGCCUCCCCCUCGCUUGCGCCCUCUCCUCACCCUGCCUUUGAUUCUUCGAUGGCCAUGGGGUUCUUCGGGAGACAUGGCCUGGCUGUUCGCGCCAUCGGCAUCGAGGUACACGACGCCUCCCAGGCGUACGAAGCGUGCCUGGCCCAUGGUGGGAAAGGCGUCUUGGCUCCGCAGGAAACCCCCAUCCCCCCCCUGAGCUACGGGCUUCAGCGCAUCGACCACGUGGUCUCCAAUGUCCCGCAGCUCUUGCCGGUGGUCAACCACCUGAUGGAGAUGACGGUGUGGGAGGGAGGGAAGGGCGGGAAGGAGCGAUCGGCGGGGAGGCCGG